AAAUCCGAUGAGCUGAUAAGCGCAGUUGUGAGAGGAGACAGAUGUUGCUGUAGUGUACGGUGUUGCGUUAUCGCUUCGAGUGUUCAAGAAUGUGUUUGUAGCAGUGUUAGCACCUGUCACCGCAACUUAGUGAAAUGUGUCACUACUUGACUUUGCGGCGGUAGCAGUAGCAGCAUCAACGAUUGCGGAGGUGCGGGCCCACGACGACGGCAUGUCCCAAGAGCUACCGUUCCAAGAGUGGACAAAUGGAGGUGCACCUACGACCACGGAGUCGGCGUUCAGACGCGAUGGCCCAGCUCCCAACAAGAGCGAAGCCGCAAAACUGCUCGAGUUGUCGACGGAAAGUGAAUCCGAGCCGGAACCGCUACAGCUCGUGCCGCCAAAGCGGAAAGUGCGCUUCCGAAAGCGGCUACGUGGAGCUCGUGGCCUCGUGCUGACCGGUGGCCCGCACUCCGGCAAUGCUUGCUGUGGUGGCAGCAGCGAAGGAUGCUUCUCCAUGGUCAAAGUGAUAGGCUUUCUGCUCGGGGUGGCCAUCUUGGUGGCACAGGCCUGGUUCCUGCUGAGCGUGCGCUCCCGCCUAGACCACCUGUACACAAUCUACCGACAGAACAUGGACGUGGAUGGCAAGAAGCUUCCCGCACAACUGCACGACCUCCAUGCCCAGAUCAAGGGCCUCGAGCAAAACCUGAGCAGCACGGCCACCGAGCUGCACCGAACUGCGGCAGACCUCGUGGCACUAGCAAAGCAGGUGGCUGAUCUCAAGGCAACGACAGGCAGCUUGCAAGAGAGCGUGGCUUCGGCGCCCCAGAUCAAGGGGCUCCCCAGCGCUGUCACCGAUCUCAAGCAGAAUGUGGCCAACCUGGGCAGCCAAGUGUCCAGCCUGGAUAAUGGCCUUCAGGCCCUCAAGGAGCAGCACAACAGCCUGCAGGUGCUGCGCAAGGACAUAGACCAGGUCAAGGAGCAAGUCCAGCGGAUCAGCAAUGCUUCCGCAGUAGCCGUCGAUGACCAGAGUUCGACGCACACCAGUUUGCACGACUUGGAACAGAGUGUGCAGCAGUGCCUAGGAGAGGUGCGAAAUGUGGUCGACCAGAGGCUAGUCGGCCUUGAGUCCGGUCUCAAGGAAGUGCACACCACCACUGAGAACCACACCGACAUUCUGCUGAGGCAGCAGACACAGCUGGAAGGGGUGCUCAAUUGCACCCAUACCUGCCCGGCUGACCUGUCACCCGAGAACCUCAGCCUAGCUUUGGAUCGACUGCUGUCUCCGAAUGCUACGGUCAACGGAUCCACCGUGGUGGACGUUCUGAAGGAAGCCGGCCACCUGGGAACCGUCUACCAUGGACUGCAGGCGCAGCUUGGCGUCAAUCGCUCUGCAAGCGACGAAGUGGCCGAGCUCCUUCAACGGGCUACCCUCUACACGCACAUGCCGCCACCACGUCACGAUCCUCAGCCCACCGCCACCCCUGUUCAGUCGGGUGUCACCAAGCAGCUCAACUCAUCAGAGGGGGACACUGGCCAGAGAGUGGUUACACCAGUGCAAACCAACUCUACAACCAAGCGGCCGUGACAAAGGCAUCUGAUGGCGGCUGGCGCGAGUGAGCAGACGUGAGCCGGGCGUCCCCGAAGUCCGUCCUCUGUGGCGCACCAAAUGACGGCAGGCCCCGAGCUACGGCGUCGGCAGCACUCCUCUCCCCCCUCGGAAUUACCACUGCCCUUACAGCAGUCUAGAGCAAGCCAAGCUGGCGGGAGCCAAGGCCGUAUUUGAAGAGCAAGCUACGAUUUUCGCUUGCCCCCUCCUCAUGGAGUUAAGGAACACCUGGGAGGAAAAACAUCCAUUUCACGGCAUGCUAGGCGUGAACGGAUGUCGUCACAAACACCACCUAUCGGACGGUGGUCACAAGUAAUUCAAACCCAUUCACUGCAAGAAUAGCUCUCACAAUCCCAGUGUCGUCUUGCGAUGUAAAAGACCUCACUUAUCAAUUGACCGAUAAGUCAAUCAAUCGAUCGAUCAAGGCUUGAAGAUGAAAUGCUUGUGCCACCUGGUGGCUAGAAAAGCAACUGCCUUGUUGUUGCCAUAGCAACCAAACAUAGUGAUGAAACUCGGAAUUCUCAACCACAUCCUGCUUGUAAGCUUUUCUCUAUGUACAUGUCUGUGUCCUGUUUUCAAGCUUUUUGUUUGUUUGUUUGUUUGUUUGUUUGUUUGUUUGUUUGUUUGUUUGUGUGGCAUUACUAGGCUUUCAGCCCUCACAUUAAUGCGGCCUGGAUAUUUCUCCUCCUAGGUGUUUCUUGUUCUAAUGCCCUCCCCAGUGACCUGCAGCUGUUUCCGAGGGGUCUAUUCCCGAAGUGCGCAGCCAUGAAUGUGACUGGCAUAUGUAUGGAAAAUUUGGCCCUUCACCUCGCACAAACCUGGACCACUGCCUCGCUCAGUUGGCAAACGCAUCAGCCAAAAGCAACGAAUGAGACGCGCAGCCAAAAAUUGGCAGUGCCACACGUAUAAAACCUCAAUUUCAAUUGGCCAUUGCACUACUCCAAACAUCUAUUGUAUGAGGGCCCAAUGGCCGCAGCAGUUGGUGGGAAUAGGCCCCGAACAUAGCUGCUUGCAGAGCUCUUUUGCUAAGCCUCGCUCCCUCAUUACGUCUCGAUGCCGCUGCCGCAUCACAGUGACUAAGGCAACACAUGUCACGUCUAGGUUCUUUAGAAGGAUGGUUGUACUAGGCAUCGCAGCAUUCUUUUGCCAGUAACAACCUCGUCAAUGUAACAAAUUAAGAUACACGAUGAUACGGAGGGAAGAACUGUUUGGCAGCUCAUGUCUUGGUGAGUGAGUCUCUUUUUGCUUGAAGGGGCCAGAGGCUAGCUUUUCAUGCAGCAGUCCCAGAGGGCUUUGUAGAGGAUCGCGAUGUCUAGCACAGAAAGGUCGGCUGCCGUCGACAGCUCAAGCGAAAGGUUGCAAAAGCGAUAGAGCGUGACGCUCAUUGGAGACUGCAGAGAGGUGAUCGGUCAGUCCCAGUGUCGAUAGCACGCUGUAUUCUGGCCUGUGCACUCGUGUUCCGAUUUCCUUAAGCUUCUGUUAGCAUCGCACGCAUCGACAGCUGCGCGUUCGGUAGGCAGACCGAAUCUCGCACCUCCCGCGAAUUUUGACUUCCAGCCAUGACAGCAAUCAACUUCUAGCUAGCAGCAUCCGUUGCAGGGUCUCUUGUGUCACACCACGUUUGGUCGUAGCUGUCAUUGAGUAGCGAUAGGUGGUUGUAUCUUUGUUUUUUUCUCAGGCUGUGUCCCCAGUUUCAACCCACUUGCUAAGUCUCAUGAAUCGCAGUUUUUGAGACAAGUAUUCAGGCACAAGGCGCAUCGAAAGCGUUUCACCGCAACGGACUUCCACUUCCCGGAAGGCGUGAAAAUGCAGAAAUAUCGGGUGAUGCCAUUGACCUCACUUCUUUCGAGCCGUAUUAUCCGUACAUGAGCACACUCUUUAUUGCCACCAAGGCGUGUGUUUGUGUGCUUUUCUGCGGUUAGCAUUUGCUGUGGCACAUUCACACAUCAUUGUUAAGGGAAGCUGGCAGUUCUGCCACAUCAUUCCCGACGGGGCAAAUUGACGCUUGUAAAGAGUCGGAAGACUGUGUUUAAUAGGCCAUCACCAGUCUACCCUAUUCAUACGGUGUGACAGUGAGUCUCUAGAGAUUUUGUGUCGGGACGUGAUAGGUUCUCGAAUUAUAUUUUAAAAAUCCGUGCCACUGGACAUUGCAGUAACCGGAUCAAGUGUCACGUGUCACACUGACGAAGUCUGAAGUGUAGGUCACUUGAGAUGGCGUGUUGAAGUCGAAUUUCGAGUGUUUGAUUGUGGUGCCGUUUAGUUCUGGCAGUUCAUUCUUAUUCACAACAGUGUGUGUUGACUUUAUUAAGCAUUGCGACCAUGCGACUCUCGCUUUUGGAUUUUCGGAGCUGGAAUACUUGUUCCUGCUCCUUACAACACGUGUAUUAUUUGUCCGCACUUGAAAUGGGCAAAAAUAUAUGGCAACAUGUUUGCACUCAAAAGCUCAAGAUAGCAGAAAGGCAGUUUGUGUCGAGGCUGACUUCAUAGAAGCGCUAGCAGUAUCCUUGAAAGAACACAAACCCUUGAUAGAUACUGCUCAGAACAACGGUAGUGUUUUCUACAUCUGAUCGUCAGUAGUGCCUGUCAACAUGAUUGGCUAACUUUGUAGCCAGUGAAAGGAAAAGGCAAAAUUCAUACGGUCUUGUGGUUUCUGUACUGAUCCAUGUUCCAAUCCUGGUGCUGUUGCCUUCUUCAAUGACGCUGUGUUCCCUGCCAGCUUCAUCGUGUGUUGAGCGAAGCUCUUCCGGUAGCUAGGAAAGGCUCCGUUAAUUAACAGGCACUUGUCGCCAAAAUCGAUUCCAAGUCAACCUUCUGCUUCGUGUUUGACUCGGCACGCAUGUAUAGACGAGAUGCUUGACUAAAACUUGUUCGUCGAGCGUUGCAAUCUAUUUGUGGUUUGCCAUAGUAACUGGUCGGGAAACUGGCAACUGGAACAAGCAGUACAUGAAGCCUCUAGACCAUCAGUUUGACCGCUUUCACUUAAUUGGUAAUUGCAGCCUUUGUUUUUUUUGCAUUUCUACCACAUGCAUUCAUGCCAAACACAAGUCGUAACUGAAGCACAUAAUAUAAGACUCCCUGCAAUGCUCUUUUGUUAUUGUACAUACAUUUCUUCGAGAAACUAUGUCCGAGAGCGUUUCUCGAACACUUGUUCCAUAAAAUGCCAUAGAAAUAAAAAGAAAACUUCUUGUUAGCCCUUAAAAACGAUGGCUUUGCUUGGAUUAGAAAGGGCAGAUCACCUGUUAUCGAUGCCGUCACUCCAUGUUUUGACUUUCAACGGUGCCAUAGCGCAAGCCUCCCCGAGAAGCCGGUCGCCAGCUAGGCAUACCCCCUUGCGUCCACGAAAGCUCACUUGCUCCGCGUUGCAGCGCAGCGACCCAGCUCUGUCCAAACACAGUUGCGUAUUCACUACACCAAUCGUCCACGGGAAAGAGGUCUCGCAAUAGGAGUGUAUGCCAUGCUGUCAAGAGUGGCAGCCACGAAAGGUGCUCGUUUCUUAAUGCUUAGAUGUGCGAGACGGGUCAAUUGAAGGGAAGAAAGAGGGCAUUUAGAAAACUCAACUGUUAAACGGAGUCGGCCUGCCACACUCGCUCAGUCCUGCCGCCAAGCACGAAGGUCGCGGGUUCAAUUUCAGGCCAAAGCCACCAUCUUUUGACAAGAGUCUAAAAUACACUCGUCUCGUACACCUGGAUUCAUAUGCCUGUCUAAGUAUGCCAGGUGGCUAAAAUUAAGUCCUUGAUUAAGGUAUCUCCCAUACACAGCUGGUGCGUUGCUUUCGAUUGAUUAGUAAACGUCAUGAUUUGAUCUUUAACUUCAAGCCUUGUGGCAAAACUUUUUUUAACGAUGCUUUCGUUGAAUAACAUUGCUGCCUGGAAAGCCCAGACGUACUUUUGCAUUAACGAAAACUUUCCAGGACAGGUUCGCCUUUACUUCUAGCUGCGGAGAAUAUAUUCGGGCGAGAAAAGUAACUAAAUGUGUCAAUAAAAAUUUUAUUGGCAUAUUAAUUUGUGAGUAAUCAGUUCAUUGAAAUACAGUCUACUGAAUUCUCACUCCGGUCUGUUAAAAGUUUUCUUAUAUCUGAUAAUUAAAAGCUUUAACUUUGAUGUUUAAGGUAUCGAACUCAGUGUAUAGAAAGAUCAUACAUUGGGCUUCAAAGACGUCACAGGACAAAACUGGCACGUGUGCUUGGUUAUUGGUGGCAGUCUAAAUUGCGCAUUUGUCGUUGCUCAUAGAAAAAUAAAAGUGCCUGUUGAACUGCUGAGAUUCUCAUAGGAAAGGUGUUUAUUUAAGGACGUGUAGACGUGACAGAUGGUGAAUCAGCUGCCGCAGCUAUGUUCAAGGAGCAUUUAUAGUGGCACUAAUCCUUUGUUGUUACCAUCUUUGUUGUUGUUUUUUUCAUCUGAUCUGGCAAAAGUGCCGACUCACACUGACACUAUUCCUUCGGGAAGUCAUUCCGAAAGGUAUUGCACUUCAUUCCAUGCUGAAUUACAACGUUGCCAUUGCAGUAUAAACGUGUGAUUGAAUGUCGGUGUAUCGCUAUGUGAGCAGACUAGUGUUCCUUGGUGAGAGAAGCUUCAAAUUAUGCUGGCUCAUCAGGAGAAUGCCAUUGUAGUUUUUGCUGCUCGUGGCACAAAAUUUGAUUUCUGUCAUUCGAUGCAUAGUAUGUUUGCAUUUUCUACUGGAUGUUUCGAAAUAGCUCUCUUGUGACUUAAGGCACAUCAUCAGCUCGAAGUUGUAGAGUCCUACUUUCAAAAUCCAGGCACAAUUCAUCUCGCUUGAGGAUACGGUGUAGCCCUGCCAAAAUGAAGAGCGGAAUUUAGUGUUAAAAUAUUUGUGUGCUGUGUGGUGUUGAUGCUGUGGGUAAUUUUUUCCCACGUACGUUGUGUAAAGUGAAGCCCUCUUAUACGUUUUAGUCUUUGCCAGUUUAGAAUGGAGCUCAUCUCUUAUGCUAGGCCCAACGUUUGAAAUAAAAUUUGUUAACCAAACGUGUCCAUAGAGGCCAGGUAACUCCUGAGGUGCAGUGCGUGUGUAUGGUGCCUCUUGCACUUGCUUGUUGGAUGCAACAGAAGACAUCAGCCGUCGUCAACUUCAGCUAAACCAUGCCCCUCAAUUAAGGUCACAUUUCGUUUAGACUCUCACGGGCGUGUGAAGUUCGCGAUUUCCACGUGUAGAUUGCAGUGUAUUAGUCUAUUACUGUUUUAUCGACUCGCCGUGUCAUCAUUUGUCAUCAUUCCUGCUUGCACUUCACCGAGCUCGCACCUCAUCGGCAAAACUAUGAACCUCACAAUUGCGAAAUCACAUCCAAUGCAGAAAUUCCAUUAUGUCCACCAUGUUGAUAUUGGCAAGAAAGUGCUGUAUUUACUUGUUAUGUGCGGGAAUUCGUUAUAUCAGGGAAUUCGUUGUAUCCGAUUUUUCGGCUAUAUCGAGGUUCAGCCGUCUCAACGUUUUUAACAAUUGCAUUUACUAACAUACUUGCUAGGCAGGCUGAGCUGUUUCACUGGUUGUUCUCCGCAAUCACUCAUUCUCCGCGCAGAGCAAUCGCGAUGGGCCAUUGGACGGUGUCACGCUUAAAUGCCAAGCCUAGCUUCGCAACUCUAAGACGACUUCGACAAAACUUGGCAACUCUGAGCCUGACACGCUGCACCUUCGCACGUUGCCAGGAGCGUGUUGCCAAAAGAAAAAAAAAAGGUGUUUCUUUCUCAUCGCGGAGAUAGCUAGGUGCUUAAGCUAAGGUGCAUCAGUCCAUUGGCACGGUUGACGAGUGUCUCUCUGCGCGGCUGAUCUUGUUGAGCGCAGUUUUUUUUUCUCGGUGUUGCGGCAGGUUGUUGCGUGGCCGUCCCCGCACGUCACAGCUUGCGUCCAGCAUUGAUCACCAUUGUUGCCGUGUCCUCGUGGAGCCAGCAACAUGUGUGCAUUCCAGUGCAAUGAACCGAUGCCGGCCAUAGUGCUAAGUGAACAAAACAAUAAAAGAUGCUUUGCCAAAAUAUA